AUGGAUGACCCAUUUUUGCAAGCACAAUCCGCGAUUGACGUCCAAGCAGCAGAAGACUGGAUUAACCGCUUAGAAAAGAUUUUCAAAGUUUUGGACUGUCUGACUAAGUGGAGAGCCCAAAUGGCGAUCUACAAGGUAGAAAAGGACGCCGACGAUUGGUGGAAGAACACCGAACUCAUUCUUAAUGUUUGGAACAUGAAAGUGACAUGGGAAGUAUUCCUGGAGCAGUUUUACGAGAAGUACUUCCCGAGGUCAAUCAGGGACAAAAAGGAAACGGAAUUCUUAACCGUGAACCAGAAGGAUAGCGAGCCAUUUGACGAGUAUUUAGUUAAGUUUAUCUGUCUCUCUUACUACUCCAGUUAUAUGUGUUACUGGGAUGAUGAGAAGUGGAUGACUGAGAAAAUGAUCAGAGGACUGAGGCAGUCCUUAAGGGAGAUGAUUGCUCCUAAGCAGUUUGAGUAUUUCAACAAUGCAGUUAAGGCCUGUCGAAUUACAGAGAACAACUUGAACCAUCAUUUGAUAGGUUAUUCAAGGGUUCUUGAUGUUCCCCCACUGAUUCCUACCCAAUUCCACCUCAUUCCAUCAGUUUUCUACAUCAUUCAUCAUCCACCUUCAUCUGCUUUGGCUGGUGUUGUGAUUUCAGAGCUUGGAGGAGCUGUUUCUGAAAUCAUAAGAGGCUAG